GGUAGAUAUAUGUAAGGUAGGGAAACCUUCUAAAAUCUAACCUCCGUGCAAAAUUCUUUUGGAGACAGAGUCAAAGAUGCAUUUCAAAAACUUAAAUGUUCAACUUUGCUCCAAGCUUCUAGCUGUAGUAUCACUUUUAGAUACUUGCUUGGCGGUCAACUCUCUGAGGGUCGAUACGACAGUAGGAACUGUAUACGGAUUGAUCAACGGCACUACACCGAACGUCGCGCAAUUCCUCGGCAUCCCUUUUGCAGAGCCGCCGGUAGGAGAGCUUCGAUGGUCUCCUCCUACCGUAAAAUCUCCCGUCAGCAGGAUCGAUGCAACGUCUUUCAGUCCUUCUUGUCCGCAAUAUGAGAGCUCAAUACCAUCUACAUACAACAUAGACUCACGGGGUUUUUUGAUCACACCAGGCAAGACUUCCGAGGACUGCCUCACUCUCAAUAUUUGGGCUCCGGUGACCACUCAAGGUAACUGUACUCAGAAACUUCCGGUCAUUGUCUGGAUAUAUGGCGGUUCAUUUCAGACCGGUGGUGGAGAGACUGCGUAUCAGAUCCCAAGCCAAUGGGUACAGAGAAGCCAAUCUCACAUCGUUGUGGGGAUCAACUAUCGUCUUAAUAUCUUUGGUUUCCCAAAUGCAGCAGCUUUAAAUCAAACAGAUCUCAAUCUCGGGUUCCUAGACCAACGUCUGGGCCUCGAAUGGGUCCGCUCAAACAUUGCUUCCUUUGGCGGUGAUCCAUCCAGGAUCUCGCUAUGGGGUCAAUCGGCGGGCUCGAUGUCGGUAGACUACUACAACUUUGCAUACCCACAUGAUCCCAUCGUUUCUGGCUUGAUUAUGGACUCGGGCACUGCUUUUACCCCUUUAGGAACAAAUGACCCAACACACACCAAUUUCACGUUUGUAGCUGGCCACUUCGGCUGCGGAAACCUCUCAGCACCAGCAGAACUGGCGUGCAUGAGAAAAAUACGCAGUAGGGAAAUUGAAAACUUUCUCAAGGCCUAUCAGGACAAUGGAACUCAGCCGCCUAUCUCCUUCAACCCCGUGAUCGAUAAUCGAACGAAGUUUGCAAACUAUACUACUAGGGCACUUGCCAAGGGAUUCUCUCAAGUGCCUGCAAUAAUAGGAACAAACGCGAACGAGGGAGUGUCCCUCGUAGGUUGGGAUCCCAACGGUCCCGACAGGACACAAGCAAACUCCGCAACCUUGAACAUGUUCCUUUGCCCCGCUGAUCAAACCACCAAAAACCGCUACGCUGUCGGCGUUCCCACAUUCCGCUACCUCUACGCCGGAAACUUUUCCAACAUCUCGCCUCGGCCAUGGCAAGGGGCGUACCAUUCCUCGGAACUGCCCCUGCUUUUCGGCACUUCGGACAUUGCUCAUGGGCCGAGCACGCCCUUUGAGACCACGCUGAGCCACAGGAUGCAGGAUCUCUGGUUGGCCUUCAUCAGUGAUCCUGUGAAGGGACUGCCCGCGCAGGGAUGGUUGCCUUAUGCACCGAAUGGCACGGCAGUGGAGUUUGGGAAGGGCAAUACGCUGGUGGGGAGUAUUGGAAUGAGAGAGUUGGAAAGUGUGUGUAACGGGGUUCAUGGUCUGCCGGGAGCAGUCCCUCCGCAAUGAGGAUGAAAUUUGAAGAAAAAACUUUUGUUUCUUCGAAUCAGGCCAAGCCACUCAACCCCAAAUUGAAACGAGGAAUACAUAUGAGAUGCGGCAGAAUGAGAAUAGACAGAAUAACGAAUGUGAUAAUGUUAAUGCUACAGAAAAUGCAAAUGAAUCCUUUGUUUACCCUUCACAUCCUAUGC